CGUCCUGCUGCAUAUAAAGGCGGCCAACGGUCGGGAGACCUCCGCGUUAAGGCAGCUCCAAACCCGAACGCCAGGUCGCUAAUUCCCCGCAGACAUUUCGGUUCCCGCCUCCUUCACGCCGCCCCGCAUCUGUGUCCCGUCACAGAGCGGGGAGAGGAGAGAGGGGGGUCCAUCUAGGAGUGACCGGCAUGGACCCCCAAACGAAGAGCCGCACUGGUCCGGCGGCGAUGGCGGCGGCGGCGGCGGGGGGCAGCUUCGGCGGCCGCCCGGCCUCGCUGGGAGCCGACGGGGGUGACUCGGAGUCCGGAGCGGGAUCAGAGGAGGCUGCCAUGGGCUGCAGCGACACAUUCAGCAGCCUGCCGGACAUGGAGCAGGAGUCUCUGGAGGAUAAAUUACGCGGACUGGCGUUCAGAAAGCAGACCUCGUAUCGGAAAGCCAUCUCCAGAUCAGGCCUCCAUUACCUCGGCCCGCCUCAGCCCUCGCUUCCUCCCGCAUCUAACGGACCAAUCAAGGAGCUGCGGACCUGCGUGGACUGGACGGAGAACGCGGUGAACGGAGAUCACUUGUGGACGGAGACGAGUUGUUCGGGAGAGCUCUGCUAUCUCGGGGAGGACGCCUGUCUCCUGAAGACUGCAAAGUCGGCCCCCCGGAGGAAAUGUGCCGCCUGUAAGAUCGUGGUUCACACCGGCUGCAUAGAGCAACUAGAAAAGAUUAACUUCAGAUGUAAGCCGACCUUCAGGGAGGGAGGCUCCCGAUGCCUCAGAGAUAACGUACUGAGACACCACUGGGUCCACAGGCGACGGCAGGAGGGCAAAUGUAAACAGUGUGGGAAGAGUUUCCAGCAGAAGUUCUUCCACAGUAAAGAAAUCAUCGCCAUCAGCUGUUCUUGGUGUAAACAGGCUUUCCACAACAAGGUGACGUGUUUCAUGCUGCACCAGAUCGAGGAGCCGUGUUCUCUGGGGGCCCAUGCGGGAGUCAUCGUGCCUCCCUCCUGGAUCAUCAAAGUCAGGAAACCACAGAGCUCACUGAAGAACUCCGCCAGGAGGAAAAAAAGGACGUCUUUCAAACGAAGGGCGAGCAAGAAAGGACUGGAGGACUCCAAGUGGCGUCCGUUCAUCUUGAAACCCCUCCCUUCCCCUCUCAUGAAGCCCGUCUUGGUUUUUGUAAAUCCCAAGAGCGGGGGAAACCAGGGUGCCAAGCUGUUACAUAUGUUCAUGUGGAUCUUAAACCCCCGACAAGUGUUCGACCUGUCCCAAGGUGGACUCAGAGAAGCGUUGGAAUUGUAUCGCAAAGUGCCAAACCUGAGGAUCCUGGCCUGCGGUGGAGACGGCACAGUGGGGUGGAUCCUCUCCGCUCUCGAUGAGCUGCAGAUGAAUCCCCAACCUCCGGUCGCUGUGCUUCCUCUGGGAACAGGAAAUGACCUCGCCAGGACGCUCAACUGGGGUGGGGGUUACACGGAUGAGCCCGUGUCGAAGGUUUUGUGUCACGUGGAGGACGGUUCGGUGGUGCAGCUCGACAGGUGGAACCUGCUGGUGGAGAAAACAUCCGUCCAGCCGGAGGAAGGCACUCAGAAGCUUCCUCUGAAUGUUUUCAACAACUACUUCAGCCUCGGCUUCGACGCUCACGUCACCCUGGAGUUCCACGAGUCCAGAGAGGCCAACCCGGAGAAGUUCAACAGCCGCUUCCGCAACAAGAUGUUCUAUGCAGGCGCUGCAUUCUCAGAUUUCCUCCAGAGAAGCUCCAGGGACUUGUCCAAGCACGUCAGAGUGGUGUGUGACGGAACGGAUCUAACGGCCAAGAUCCAGGAGCUGAAGUUUCAGUGCAUCGUGUUUUUAAACAUUCCCAGGUACUGUGCUGGCACCAUGCCGUGGGGAAACACCGGUGACCACCGAGACUUUGAACCGCAGCGCCAUGACGACGGCUGCAUUGAGGUUAUCGGCUUUACGAUGGCUUCACUGGCGGCGCUGCAGGUCGGCGGUCACGGUGAGAGGCUUCACCAGUGCAGAGAAGUCGUCCUCACCACCUACAAGACUGUACCUGUUCAGGUGGACGGUGAGCCAUGCAGACUGGCUCCAUCCACUCUGCGCAUCUCCCUGAGAAAUCAGGCCAACAUGGUCCAGAAGAGCAAGAGGCGCACGUCGGUGCCCCUGCUCAACGAUAUUCAGAAGGUGUGUGCAGCUGAUCUGCGCCGCCUCUCUGCUCCCCCCGACUCCUUCUCUGUUCCACACGCGGUGCCGGACCGUUUGCGGCUCCGGGUGAAUCGGAUCAGCCUGCAGGAGUACGACAGGCUGCAGUACGACAAGGAGCGGCUGCGAGACAUCUCGAUCCCAGUGGGCAUUGUGGUUGUGCGGGGCGACUGUGACCUGGAGACCUGCAGGCUUUACAUCGACAGAUUGCAAGAGGAUUUACACCAGGCGCCAUCUACUGGCCACAGAGUGCAUUACCAGGAUGAAAACAGAGGAGUCUCCAUAAGCAGUUCAACCAGUAGACUGUCUCCUAACUGGAGCUUCCUGGAUUCUACAUCAGCGGACCGCUUCUAUCGCAUAGACAAGGCUCAGGAGCAUCUUCACUUUGUGACAGAAAUAUGUCAGGAUGAGGUGUUCAUCCUGGAUCACGAGGGACCAUUGCUGGGCCAGGGGUCUUCAGUUGGGAUGCCAGAUCUGGUGGUCGAACCCACGUCUGGCGCUCCUGGGACACCUGACGAACAAGCUCUUCUGACUGCUGCCAGUACUGGGGAUCUUUUACUGCUGACAGAUAGCGUACGUCGAGGAGUCAGCCUGUUGGUGAGAGACUCCGGAGGCUGUUCGGCGUUACAUCUCGCCGCCCAGAACGGCCACACACAUGUGGUCAGCUUCAUACUGCAGCAGGGUUCAAAAGUUCUCCUGGAUUUAACCGACCGAGACAAGGGGGAAACCGCAUUGCACAAAGCGGCUUCGGGGAAGCAGCACGCCGUGUGUCGAAUGUUGGUGGAGGCCGGUGCUUCGCUGGAGAAGACAAACUUCCAGGGGAAGACGCCAGCGGACCAGGCAGCAGGAGACUCUGAGCUCGCCACCUUCCUGAGCUCCCAACGGCGCACUUCAUCCGGCACCAACGAGGACCUGGAGACUGCAGUCUGAGCCAUAAAACGCGCUCAUGCACCCUCCCACUGGACUCUGGACUCUGCACAGUCCUGGAGCAGAGAGUAACGGGGAGGGAAGUAACAAACCUGUGCUGGACUCACCUCUGCAGGUGCAGAGAUGAGCCAGAAAAUGAACUGCCGCUGUAGAGGCAGCACCGGAGCAGAGAUUUUAAUGCUCAACUAUUUAUUUAUAUUUAUUUAUUCUAUUUAUUGGUUGUGCUGGUUGAUUGACUUUUAACAAUUGCAAGUGCAAUUCGUCUUGUAUUGGAGUUGUUUUGGUCAUAUUUUACAACUAUAUUAAGUCUCAAAAAUUGUCAAAAUUGAGAUCAAAAGCAGUAUGAAUAUCCCAUAAAACCUGUGUGCCAAAGACAUUACACUGUUGUGGUGUCAUAUCUAAUCCAAAUAUGCCAGUGUUUUAAUGAAUCCUGUGUUUAUUUCAGGGUGUGUCGUCACAAACCUGUCGGUCACAUGCUGCUGUUCACCGUCUGUGAGUCACCAGCUGCUCAGCUCCUUUCAUGUCCUCCCAGACAAGGGUUUACCAGGAAACAGGUGUUGUCUGGGGAGGUUAUGUGGCUUUACGUUUGUUGAUAUGAUUUACACAAAAGAGGUCUGUAGGACUUCACAUUGGGAAUCGAAUACGAGUCAAAAAAGCAAUCUUGGGAACUUCCAGAUUAAACCCCGGAGUCACGUUAUGAAUGGGCUUUGAAACUAUGUGGAAGCCUGUUUGACUGGAAAAGGGAUUAAAUAAUUUCAACAAAUCUUUCCUCAGGUGUCCUGACAAACAACCUCCAGAAAACAAAAAAAACGAUUCUACGAUUCAUUUUUUUUAGGAUUCUUCCUUGUCAUUUGUCCUGUUUCGAGGGGUCCGUCUGGUAUGGAGUUCAUGAGCAUGAGUGAACAUUUAAAAUUUUACUUCUGGUUUUCAAACAAGCACAUUUCUUUUUAAGCAAACUGAGAAGAAACUGAGCUCUUCUGCGCCAAAAACCCUCCACACUUAUCGGCACCCCUGAUAAAAUGUUGAGAAAAGCCUUAACAUGAACUAAUCUUUUAUUGCUGCAGCUUAAUCGUCCUCUUUCUGCCAUAUUUCCUCUUUUCCAUAGAAAAGUUGAGCAUUUAGGUCUGCAGCUAUGAAGUAAAGCAGAUUUUAUUGCCAGGGAGCCAUUUCUGUGUUGAUUUGCCCAUAAGUUUGGAUCAUUAUGCUGCUGACAAAACCAGUAAAAAAAACAUUUUUAAUUAGUUAGCAGAACUUCUUAUGUAGAUUGUUCUGCUAUUUCUAACCAUGUGUGUUCCAGGAGCAUUUAGGAGAGAUAGACAAUAGACACAAAAUUGUUUCUCUACAUGUUCAUCCUUUGUUUUAAGGUUCCGGUUUAGCAAACAUUUGUGAUGCUACACCAAAAAAGGCUUUUUGCUUUUAGUGUCUAAUGGCAUUAUGAAAAAUAUUUUUCCUCCCUAAUCCAUGGAGAGAAGAAGCCUUGUUUUUCUCAGUUCUAUCCUUUUUUUUUUUCAUAAUCACUCUGGUUGUAGAUGUGGACCAAAUUAGGAGAUUAGCUAUGUUCUUACACCCAUAUUCUGACCUUUAAACAUUCACAUUAUUCUGACUUACUUAAGUGGCAUGUUCUCUUCUCUUCCCCAUUUUGACGAGUGGCGGAAAAAAAAAAAUGGGUCGAGCUGAUAUUUGUAUCCCAGAGAAACAGGAAGUCUGGGAUUAUUAAAUACAAGGUCAAAUAUAUUCUGGUUAAUUUAGAAAAGUGGGGUAAAAAUUAUGGGUAGAAAUAACUGCCAGUUGUGAUUUCUUUUAUUUCUGGGAGGUUUUUUUUAUACAUCCUGAAUAAAUAUACUUCCAUUAAAAGUUGGAUUUUUCCAAUUUUGCUACAUGGAGAUUCUGCUACUGCAAUAAAAGUUAAAGUUUUUCAAAACAUCUAAACAUGGAUGUCUGUAGAUGUUGAAAGAACUGAAAAUAAGAGCUUGGAUUUGUGGACCACUAAUGGAAAACUGGGCCCCUUUUGCCUAAAAUGUAAAGUAUUUGUUAUUUUUUAACACCUUUUUUUUGUUAUUAAUUAAAUUAGCUGUUCUGCUUUAACAUAACACAUUCCUGGGGAGGGUCAGCUAAAUUCACUAGUUUGUUAUUAAGGCAGCAUUGAUUUAUUCUGCAGUCAGGAACUUUAGGACCAACGUGUCCCAAUCCUGUCCUAAAGGAUGCAGCUUUAGGUUCUAGAGAUGUUUCCUUGCUCAAGUCACACUUGCUUUGAAGGGGAGAAGUGCUGCAAAAACAUGUUUGUGACUCAUAGAGGAAAACGUGUACAGCAGAAAGUCGGUUUAUGCCCGUCCUACGAGAAACAGAAGCUCCGCUACUAACCCGUGCUUUAAAACUGAAACAAACGGAUACUUUUUUGUUUUUUUUACCGGGACAUGAAAACGCAGCCUGACUCAUAAAGGCGUUUCCAAAGAAAUCCGUAGAGUGGUUGUAGCGGGAAGGCAUGACUCAACAUAUCCAAAUGUAAAGCUUCAGAUUCAGAGCAUUUUUUCAUGUGUAUUCCCUCACCACAAGCAAAGUGUGUUUGUGUUUGCAGCAUUUAUCCCAAAAAAAAAAACCCCGAUCUGAGCCAUAUUUAAUAAAAUAUGAAUAGAUUACGUCUUUUUUUAUUGCAUUUCUCUGUUCGUUGUUUACAUUGCAUUAAUGUUUAUCAUAGUCCAGCAUUUAGCACUGAGGCGUAUUGGAUGUGCAAUGUUUCUUCUGUGCCCGUUGACUUUGUUUGCGUUUGGUUUUAUUGUAUUUCAGGGCGCUCAGACAGCUCUGCAAGGUCUUCUGGGAAAUUAGCUGUUGUGAAUUGAAACACUUUUCAAUCUACAGCGGUGUCCAGGUUGCUCUAUGCAGGCAUCGUGGAAGUCAUGCAUACUUUAAUUUACUUAGAAAACCAGAUUGCCGCUUAGGCAAGACCCAUUUCUGAUCUCCAUAUUU